AUGGACACACUCUCCGCCGUCGUCCCCGGCUCUCGUCGACCCACCACCGUAGAGGUCAAGGGCGUCAUCACCUCCGUCAAGACCGUCAAGGUAUCUCCCACCAAAUCAUGCACAACGUCUCCCCCGCGCUUCAAAGUGCCCGAGCUCAGUUCUACCAUCCGCCGCAAACCAUCCAUGACCUACAGAUCCCCCUCGUCUCAACACCCGGCAGGGCUCUCCAUCGAGCGCUCUGCCGUAAUCAAGCCAUCCUCCAUAUCAUCUUCGACUAGCUCGAACCUCUCCGAUUCCAACUCUACCAGCCCCAAAUCCCAGAUACCCCGUAUCGACUUUUCUCCCAUCGUCCCACCCAGGCGUUUAUACCCCAUGAAGCCCCCUCUUCCUCUCUACCACCCCUUGGGCACCCUCGCUCGCUCUCUCCCAAAGAUCAACCCCGACGCGGAGGAGGAAGAGAAGGAAGUCGCUCAACCAGUCCCCACCGACGACUCUAAACGCCGCUCCUCCUCUCGUACCCGCCGUCCAGCCGCGAAACUUCGCGACCCGGACGCGGAGAGCUCCCCCAUCGCCAUCCCAGCCGAACCCGCAACCGACAAGCCUUCCAGUCGCAAGAAGCGGGGCGGUGGACAGAGCGCGGCCGCGAAACGCAAGCGAAAGGAGGCGGAGGAGAACGAUAGCACAUACCCGUCAAAGCGCACACGGACCACGCGUGGGGGCGUUCAAGCAGCAGCAGCGGCUGCUGCCGCUGCCUCUGAAGGUUCAGUGUCCGCUGCUCUUGAAGGUGCUGAAGUCGUUGAACCUGCCGAGGAGAAGCUCCCCGAGCGACGUUCGACGCGUUCGAGAGCAGCUGCGAGCAAGCCUGCUGCUCAGAGGAUGAACUCCAGUGCUAGCGAAGGCACUCAGACCUCCGCCUCCAUCUCGAUGGCGGUUGGGCGUCCUCAGAGGAAGUCGAGGGGAAGUGGACGAGGGAAGGGGAAGGAAUCUGUCAACGAAGAAGUGGUUGCUAUUGAAGAGGAUGCUUCCGUCGAUGCACUGGUGGAGGAAACUGCAACUGCGUCCUUGAAUGGAACCAAACAGGACGAGCACGGUGCGGGAAGCGCUGCUCAGAAGGCCGGUAGUUCGAGCAAGGAGGAAGGCGAGUUGAGUGAAGAGGGUGAGAUACCCUCGAAGUAAUUGACGUGCAGCAGCAGUGUAAUGUUCGUUUCCUUGCAUGUCCCCUCGCUCUGUAUGUACCACCUCCAUCUGUCCAUCGUCGCAUCCACUCGUCGUUCCCACAUCCCAGUCUCGAUCUUCCUCUCUCGUUCGUCUUGGGUAUUAUUUAUCGCAUCAUGGAAUCCUCGUCUAUUCUCUUUUGUGUCCAGUCUCAUCCCUAGCUCUAGCUCUAUCUCUAUCGCAGUCGCGCCGUAUCCACACACGUAUACAUAGGAUUCUCUCUGCUUACACUCCCGCGCCGGCUUCUGUCUCCUUUUCUUGAUUUAUUCCGAUCUGAUUGAUUGAUUGCCUCGUUGCUCGUUCAUCUCGUCACCUCUCUUCUCUGUACCACCCUAGCUCUUAUCAUCCCUCUCUCUCUCCUUCCUUUAUUCCAUCC